UUAGUGAGUGGGAUGCACUCUUUUGUGCAGGACACCACGGAUUUUAUCCGCAAGCUUGAAAUAAUGGGGGAUAUACUCGAUGGUUCCUUGAUGUGUACCAUGGAUGUUAACAGCUUAUAUACCUCCAUACCGCAUGAGGAAGGUAUUGAGGCGGUAUUUGGUGCCAUGCAGGAUAUGGAUAUGAGUGAGGCAUACAGGGGCUUGCUUGUUGAUUUCUUGUCAUUAGUACUAUAUAAGAACUACUUUAUUUUUGAUGGUAAAUAUUACCUCCAAAUACAGGGUACAGCGAUGGGGUCAAAUGUAGCAAUGACGUAUGCCAAUCUAUUCAUGGCAGCUUUUGAGGAUGCUUUUGUAUACCGAGACCAGGAUUUUACGCAUCAUGUGAGGUUGUGGCUCAGGUAUAUAGAUGAUAUUUUCUUUUUUUGGACAGGUAACAUGGAUGAUCUAAUGGUUUUUAAAGAGAGACUUGAUGGGUGUUUGGACACCAUCUCCUAUACGUUGGAAUAUGAUCUCCAUGAGAUGCAUUUCUUGGAUGUUAAUCUACAGCGGCACAAGAGCCUAAGGGAUCAUUUAAUGAAGAAUGUCAAUCUACAGGGGAAGACGCAUACAGCUGAAACCUGGCUUUCUGCGAUACCGGAUUGGAGCUACAGUGGCCAUUUGGACCAUGGUACUUGUGGCGUUAGAGUGCUGGAACAUAUUGAAUCGAUUAGAAUGUAUCAUCAUACACGUUGAA